GCGCAUGCGCCGCCACGCGCGGGCGAAGGGUGACAGAGGACACGCGCAGGGCUUUCCGACCACAGCGUCUACACUCAUGCACAUCGAUAAUGUACAUCGCUGGGUUGCCUGCUGCUGACUGCUGGUUACAACCUUUGCUUUUGUCAGUGUGUCAUUCUUACGUCGGCUUCUAGUCACGUGACCAAGAUGGCAGCCUCUAAGCUGUUGAAGGUGACGGAGGAGGGAGCUUAACGGAGGAAAAGCUCCGUUCAACAAAUACACUCGGUUGUCAACACCGAUCGCGCCUCGGCAAGGUUACGUCAUUCGUUGAGCUACCUGUGUGGUUUCCUUUUCGACUGAUUUCUUUACCUGACAGGGUUCAAAGGCUUCGGUGUGUCAGUUGUGUAGAUGCUCAACGAGGCUGCGUGAGUACUACCUGAUGAGAAAGAUGGUCCCUUCCACAUAAAGCAGAAAACAAUUCUCACCUUGCUAACCCCUUUUUUCAAGUAACCAACGGCUGCACCGUCUGACGUCACGAGUAUUGAUGACGUCAUGAGCCGAAACAAUGAUCAUCGAGAUAACAAGUCACAGGUCCUGCGUCUUAAUGUCGGAGGAAUGUUUUACACCACAACGAGGCCGACGUUCCUUCGUCAUCCUGCCUCCUUGCUGGCGCGCAUAGCUACGGGCCACGUGCAAGUCUCGCGAGAUGACCGUGGCUUCCUAGUGAUCGACCGGGAUGGCCAAGUCUUCAGACACGUUCUCAACUAUCUCCGCACUGAUCGCCUUUUCCUGCCCGACGGAUUUCGAGAGGUGGCGCUUCUUCGCGAGGAGGCCAUUUAUUAUGAACUUCCGGGGCUGGUAGGAAUACUGGACGGCAUGUUGGAAAAUCGCAGGAGAAAUCUCCGUAGAGGCGGUAAUUUCCGGAGAGGCAACAUCAACCCUAACAACCACGACGGCGCGGGUAUCCACGGCAACAGGAAGAUCAGCGCCAGCGUGGGCGACAACCUCCACCUUCUUCAGGAAGAAGACGACCUCGACUUCAUCGAGGACAGCUGGAUAGGUGGCGCAUUGACAUGAGCGAGUCUCUUUUCGGACGUGAGUUCAUACACGCCACUGAUCAAGGGACAUCAUCGUGUUCUGUGUCGUCUGUAAGUAUGCUUCGUCCAUGGAGUGAGUUGUCGCACCUGUCCACGAGCGCGACUGCUCUUCACACUACGCGCACGUGCUAGGCAAGAGAUCAGACAUCUUAACGAGUUUUCUUAUCGAGAAAGUAAUCGAUCAUCAUCGACUGACCCUUUCUUUCUUAGUCUGUCGUCUGGUCCUGUUGUGCCAAUAUCAAGCUGUUGAGUGAAUUGUUUCUUCUGGGAAAAAAAGAAGAGAAGAAUCAUCAUUGUCAUAUCAUUUUAAUAAUGGAAGUACAUCGUACUGACGGUUUUACAUCGUAUUGACAUCAGGUAAAUAAAUACCACCUCACUCGUUGUUUUCGGGAGGAAAACUUUUUUCCAUUAUUGCACGAGUCUUUCGUAGGAAGCGCUGUUCCAGACAGUAGUUCUGAUAAUAGAAUGCUGUAUAUUAUACUCGACAGCAGGAAACACUAACUGCUGGUGUCUCGACUUCGUUUCCAAAAAAAAAAAAGAAAAAGAAAAAAAAAAAUAGCAAGAGAACUUCGACUUUCGACAUCCAACAUCAUUUUCUCUUGCUGUUAACAGUAAAAACUAAAUUAUCUUUCAUUUUAUAAAUGAAAUGUUCUUCAAGUGACAACCCAGAUAUAUAAAUUUUGUCUCAAGGAAAUGAACGCAUAAUAUCUAGAUGAUUCGGCGCUGAAGCUAGAUCAAAAGUUUUCAUGGUAUUGAAUUGUGAAAACAGGAAUUCUUUGUGCAAGGUGAAGAGAAAAAAGGGUCAAAGAUAAAUCAGUUUAGAGUCAGGUUUAGUACAGAAGGAUUUCAUAAUUAUUCCGCUGGGAAACUGCAUGGCAGCAGCCGUGGAAACGAGUUGGUAGUGAACAGCCCUGCACAAUGAUAAGUGUUGUUGAACGCUAACCAGUGACCCCUGAAUGUUUACCACGCCAGCAAAUUAGUCCUGCCAAAGAAUUUUUCACAGGUGUAACACUGACAAAAGCAAGAAGCAAACCAAAAAGCUACAUUCUCUAUGCCUAUACUUCUGUAAACCACUUCUAUGACACAAAGGACCUUGCAGAGUCCAUCACCGCUGCUGCCUUUACACAUGUGACAACAGCUGUACACACCAAAGGCCAGAUGUAGGCUGUGGUUUGACAAUGUACUAGGAAAGUCGCAGCAGCUGGGCUUGUUUUCAGAGAAUCGAAGAGCGUGCAGCUGGCUUUUUAUUAGCACAUCGACGUGCGUGCAGCUGGGCUUUUAUUAGCAUAUCAAGUGUGUGAAACGAAAGCCAGCGCACUUAAACUUCAGGUGAGGUGUUCAGUGGCGACCAGUCUCAGUUUAAGAUACCUCCAGCUCCCUCCCUGCUUCUUUUUGUAAGGUGCAAGCUUUCGCCGUAGCACGUGCAGAAGCAGGUAAUUGAAGGAUACGUGUACCUUAAACACAAAGCUUCACCGCUGACUGUACCCUUGAUGACAAAAUCGUCUCCCUGUACUUCAUGGACACUACCAUUUUGACCUUUCGGAUUCUUUUAUAAUAACAAUAAAUAUUUGUAUUAUCGGAGAACUUGUGCCAUAAAAGAUAAGAGAAACUGUUUGCUCAGAUUUUUGGAACUAGCAUCUCUUACUAAAUAAACCAAGCAGCCCUUUCCGAACAGAAGAAAGAAGUGUGCACCCUGAUAAUGCAGUCGGCUAGAAAUGCCAUUCUGACCCAUGGAAAAAUCAGGGACUUCUAUUCACCGACAAGUACUACUUCUGGUGAAGGACCCAAACCUACUCACUGUCAUUUCCAGGAGUAGGUGAGGAUUAAAGUGUUUGCAACUUGCUCUUGAGACUGAUCUCUUCAUCAUUCUUGCUGACAUCGCUGUGUGAGAUAUGUAGGAAUACACAAGGAACUGCAGAUGCCUCAAGUUUCGAAAAUGUACCUGUUUUUCCUUGCGUACAUUUAUCAUUCAUCUGCUAUCAGACUGUGUCAGUAAGUCGAGACGGCGGUAGAGUUCAACAGCCAUUCAAUGGCUGUUUUCCCUUUAAUGGACAAGGGAAGAGAAUGCCUUUGAUGUACAGUUUAAAUUAUUAGGUUUUGUGUGGGUGCUGAAUGCAGCUUAACAUCCAUCCCUUAUCCUCCACCAUAUCCCCUUCCCCCAAAAUAACAUUUAUUCCAGGGUCCCUGGUUAUUAACCGGCUAUGUGUUUACACGAAUUUCCAUAGAUCUCUGAUUUUGUUUGCUUGUCUUUUUUUUUUUCUUUUUUUUUUUUUUUUUUUUUUUUUGAAGGAGUGAAUUCGCUUGAACCCUUCCACGCUUGUAUUCUGCUGAUGGGAAGAGGUUGGACAGGCAAAACAAAACAAAGAAAAGGAAACGAAAAUAUAAUCUGCUUUCACCUUUUGCUAGGCCGACCAAUAACUCGCAACUUUUUUUUUUUUUUUGGUCAAGUGCCAUCGUCAGUUCUACACAAAAGUUGUCUGGGUUUUUUAUUAUUGAGCCUGGUUGUGGAACGCUGUCACUCAAAUCACCUUUGUGCAGUCACAUGACAGAGAGUCGAAAUUUAUUUAUCGUCAGUUCGCAGCCUGUCAGGCGUUCUCUCCAAAGAUUGAUUUUGUUGUCAAGUCCUUUAUUAACGUUUACUUGUGUAAGGUAUGCUUUUAUCUUUAUUGGUUUGGAUUUCUUAAUGAAGAUUAAGCGAUUAUUCCAUAUAAAUAACUGAAGCCUGUUAAUCUGGAGAGAGGCGAGAUUUAAGAAUUAUGACUAUAAGUAUGGUUCAUCCAUGUGGUAGGCAACUGCGGAAAGAGAAACAGAAAUCUGCACAGAAAUGUCAUGUCACAGAUAUCUUACAUCUAUAAGUGAAUAUAGGACAUCUAAGGAAACGUAAACUUGUUUACACAGAGAUAAACAAAAGGAUGUACCAAAAGAUUUUGGAAGUUUUAUUUAUUUAUUAUUUUUUUUAAUUUAUUUAUUUAUUUUUUGUUUAAAGGAAAUAAAUAAUUCUAGCAACGCAUAUCGAAAGCAAGGGAAUUAAUUCUUAUGAACUUGUUCAGGCCUCGAAUAGUGGUUACUCCCCCUUAACUAUGUCCGUGCAGGUCUAACACCUUCAAUUUUCCUCACUGACAACAGUUUUAUUUUUAAAAAGCACAUUAAGGGAAAUAUAACAACGAGUAAUGAACUGGAUUUUUCACAUACCUUAAACCUGUCUAAUUAUUUUUCUCCCCAUCGCUAUGUUGUUUUCCGUGCCUCUUUUACUUCUAUUCGAAAGCGAUCACUGAAGAAAUUAUUUGGCUAUAAAUAUUUCAUAUAUGAGCGGUCUUUGUUCCGCAAUCGGUUUUGGCCAUACAAAAAAAAUUAUAACCACUGCACAGGUGUCUUUCUCAACUUUUCUCCCAUAUUCAGCCCUUCGUCUUCCACAGAUUUCAUGUCUGGCUACACAUCCUAUAGUGUGUUGCUUUUCUCCUCUGUUUUUCUUACAAUGUCUUUCUACACAUGCAAGUUCUCUGUCCGUCCAUGAAACAUUGCCCAGGAGUCUUAUGCCUGUUAGUGUUUGUUUUCUUUCUCAUCUGUUUCUCGCUUUUAGUCUUCUUGCGACAACAAAUUCUCUGGCAAAUAUUGCAAACCUUUUCAAAAGUCUUUUAAACAUUUGUUUUUCCUUUUUAUACCAGCCCCGACCAGCAUCUUGAAUGUUAUUGCUGUUAGGUUUGACUGUGUGUCCUGGGCUGGCUGGUUAGUUGGUUUGUCAUGUGUCCGACGAUUUGAUUAGAUGUGUAUAUUUUGUGUCAGUGUGACUUGCAUGGGAUAUAUUUUGUCAGCAAGUCAGAUAUAUACAUAUAUCUGUACGAUAAUUUUUUUUCUGUUGUAAACGCCAUAAGCUCCACUGAAGAGAAAGGUAGGGCCCAAAAACAAUUAUUCCAUCUGUCUGUUUCUGUCUUUUUGUGCCUAUAUCUUUCUAAGGUAAGUCUUCUGUCUGAAUGGAUACUACAUUCACUUUAUCUGACGGCCGUUGUACUGUCGUCCGACUAACGACAAUAUCUGUGACAAUAUUGACAAAUUGUUAAUUUAGGACAAAGCAAAACAAAAAAGUCAGGAAUUUUCAAAGUGUCAUUUGUACAUCAGCAUAAGGGCACAGGGUGGAAAAAAUCUUCUACAUUAGAAUACUCAUUCUGUCUCAGAAAUGUAUAGUGUUGUUUUUUUAUUCGCGAAGAUUAUUCGUCCUUUUGUGAAGUCACAUCAUGGCGGAUUUGUACAAGCCCCUCUAUGAUCAGAGCAUAAGUCUAUUAUAUUUAUUCCAUGAAUUUUGAUCUUUUGGUGUACAGCAUUUCUCGAAGUAAGAGCUUGUAUGCUGCUUUCCAGAGCAUAGGACUGGUGACUUGUCUGUGCCUAGAGCAAUGCUUUCUCAUACGCUGGACAUGAUGUGUUUACUCUUACUCUCAUUCAUGUUUUCUUUUAAAUGUCAUGAUAAAACUUAACAGCAUGCUUCUUCGUUUACUUAUUUUUGUUUUAAAGUCUUGGUAGAGGUAAAACUACUAAUAAACUGUCAAGAAAAACGC